GAGUCUCGCGCUUCCGCUACUCUGACAAUGGCGGUUCGUGGCGUGGGGCGCUUGACCUGUGUGUCCCUGUGUGCCCAGAGAAACAGUCGAUUCCAGCGUCCUGCUCUUCGGCCUCUCAGUUGUCCAGGAACUGUAGCCGCAGACUUAAGGAGAGAAGAGCAGCCAUCUGGGAGCACGGAGACAGGCUCUGAAGACAAGAGUUCCAAAAAGAGAUUCUCUGAGGUGCAAAAAGAAAGACGAGAACAGGCACAGCGAACUGUUUUAAUUCAUUGCCCAAAUAAAAUCAGUGAAAAAAAGUUUCUCAAGUAUUUAUCCCAACAUGGACCUAUUAAUAAUCAUUUCUUCUAUGAGAGCUUUGGUCUCUAUGCUGUUGUAGAAUUUUGCCAAAAGGAAAGCAUACAUUCACUGCAGAAUGGAACUCAUACUCCAAGCAUGGUCACAGAGGCUGCAAUUCCAUUCAGGUCUCGUUUCUUCAAUUUAAAGCCAAAGAAUCCAUCAAACCAGACUUCAGAAUGGUCACAUAUACAGUCAAGUAACCAGUUGCCUCCUUCGAGCAAGAAGCUCUUUGAAUUACUUUGUUAUGCAGAAAGUAUAGAUGAUCAGUUAAACACUCUCCUGAAGGAAUUCCAGCUAACAGAGGAAAACACCAGGCUCCGGUAUCUCACCUGUUCUCUUAUUGAGGACAUAGCAGCUGCAUAUUUUCCAGGCUGUACCGUCAGACCAUUCGGCUCCUCAGUGAACACUUUUGGGAAAUUAGGAUGUGAUUUGGACAUGUUUUUGGAUUUAGAUGAAAUUGGAAAAAUCAGCACUCAUAAGAACAUAGGAAAUUUUUUGAUGGAAUUUCAAGUGAAAAAUGUUCCUUCAGAAAGAAUUGCAACUCAGAAGAUCCUUUCUGUGAUAGGAGAAUGCCUUGACCACUUUGGCCCUGGUUGUGUGGGUGUACAAAAAAUAUUAAAUGCUCGGUGUCCACUUGUGAGAUUCUCCCAUCAAGCCUCUGGAUUUCAGUGUGAUUUGACUACUAACAAUAGGAUUGCCUUGAAAAGUUCUGAACUCCUUUAUAUGUACGGUGCCUUGGAUUCAAGAGUAAGAGCCUUGGUGUUCAGUGUGCGAUGUUGGGCUCGAGCACAUUCCUUAACCACUAGUAUUCCUGGUGCUUGGAUUACAAAUUUCUCUCUUACAGUGAUGGUCAUCUUUUUUCUCCAGCAAAGAUCACCCCCUAUUCUUCCAACACUAGAUUCCCUAAAAAUCCUAGCAGAUGCAGGAGAUAAGUGUAUAAUAGAAGGCAACAAUUGUACAUUUGUUCGUGACUUGAAUAAAAUCAAACCUUCAGGAAACACAGAAACAUUAGAAUUACUACUGAAGGAAUUUUUUGAAUAUUUUGGCAAUUUUGCUUUCAAUAAGAAUUCCAUAAAUAUUCGACAGGGAAGGGAACAAAACAAACCUGAUUCUUCUCCUUUGCACAUUCAGAACCCUUUUGAAACUUCUCUCAACAUUAGCAAAAAUGUAAGUCAAAGUCAGCUACAAAAAUUUGUAGAUUUGGCUAGAGAAAGUGCUUGGAUUUUACAAGAGGAAGAUAAAGAUGGACCUUCCCCAUCAAGUAAUCAGCCCUGGGGGCUGGCAGCCCUAUUGCUACCAUCGGUUGCAAAUAUGAAGCCUCUUGCCAAGAAGAAAAACAAAAGGCCUGCAAGUGAAAGAAUUAAAAGCUUGUUAGACUCCAUAAAAAGUAACAGUACAGAAAAUUCCACAAGCACCAAUGGGAAAAGAACAGUUAGUACUCAUACAUAAUGGCUGCUACUUUGCUUUAAGAACUGAUUUUAUCCUACAAGAUAAUCUGUGGACUGCAUAGAAGAACAGGUGUGAAAGUUGACAGAGCCCUUCUUUUGUCAUUACUUUUCACAAUCUUUCUCACUUACCCCCUUUACCUGGUCUAAAGUUCUGGGAUAUUUUCUGUCUGACCAGUCUGACACUAAGGUGGCAUUUUAUUACUGCAUCAACUACAAGGAAUGGGCUAAAGAAGAUUGGAAUGUACUUGACUAAAUAAACUAUACAAAUUGAAUAGUAAAAACUAACUUUAAAAUCAAGCUAUUUAAAAGGACUUCUGGUUUAUAUGUAUGGCAGUGAGUACAAUAAAGCUUUGGAAUUUGGGAGUGCUCUUUAAUAUGUAUUUUUCUAUAUUUUAAGCAAAGUACUCUUAUUCACUUAUAAAUUAAAAGUUGACACUGAUAUCCAAGAAUGUUUUUUUUUUUUUAAUUUGAACCCAAUCCAAACACUUCAGUCCUUACAUUCAAGGUGUUCCAAGUCAAAUAUAUAAAAAUAUUAUGAUAUUUUAAAAUGGUAUUUAAUUUUUCUGUUUUAAAAAAUAAAAUCCUAUUUCUACUAAAAUGCAAAAUGGUAUUCAUAAUACCCUUUCACUUCCUCUCCUUAUAGGAAAUAUAUAUAAUUUUUAAUACAUUCAAUGUAGAGUAACAGUCAAUUGAAGCAAGUAGCAUGAUGUUGAAAAACAGACUUGAGCCAUCCUGGCUCAUGGCAAAUUACUCAGUCUUCUUGCCCCCUGGUUGUUUCAUCUGUAUGGUAGGUAUGAUGACAGAGCCCACUUAACUAGAUUGUUGUUGAAGGUUAAGUAAGAUAAUAGGAAUGUCCUAGAUCAAGAGCCUGAAACACAGCAUAUGUUACAAUUGAAUAUUUCUUACCUGAAAUGCUUCAGAGCAGAAUUUUUUGAAUUUUCUAAUACUUGCUUAUAUAUAAUGAGGUAUUUGAGGGAUGGAACUCAAUUUAAACAUUAAAUUCAUUUGUUUUACAUAUACUUUAUACACAUAACCUGAAGGCACUUCUAUAUAAUACUUGUGAUGAUUUUGUAUGUGAAACAGUUCAUGGUAUAGAAUUUUCCAGUUGUGGAAUUCGGUUGGCAUUAAAUUUUGUUUCAGAUUUUGGAGCAUUUUGGAUUGUCAGAUUAGGACUGCUCAACCUGUAUUCUCUUUAAUUACUCCUUUCAAUUGUUUGUGGUGUGUAAUUAUUUUUCUCACUACUUAAAUCAUGUUUAGAGCUUGUAGGGGUUUUCAGAGGUUUUACAUUGAAAUUUUUAAGUCAAAAAUUAUAAUGUAUUUUGCUUGGUAAAUUAUAAGAAACUCAGUAAUAGAAUUGUUAUGAAGCAAGUAAGUUCUGUGUCCGUGAGGCUGUGCUAUUGGAUUUCACAUCUGAAAUCAAGUAAUCAGUGUUCUUAAUGCAGGCAGAGGCUAAACUAAAAGCCAGGUUUUAAAUUGUUUUUUAAUAAGUUUAUUCUGUUGGGCUGGAAAUCGGUACUGAUUUAAAAAGUUCAAAAGCAACCAUUUAAGGGUCUCUGAGUGGCCUUUUAAAAUUUUUUCCUAUUCACAGAUACUUCAUCAGUCAUUUUUGUAACUUGCUGUUAAGUCUAAAAUGGUUAUUUAAGCACACAAAAUAUGUGUAUGUAUUAGCUUUUUUUUGUAAUUUAUAGGACAGACUUGAUGGUGUGGAUCUAUUUUGCUUUUUAGAAUGAGAUUGAAUUAUGUGAUGAAUUUUAGUCUUUAGAGAUUUUUAAAUGUACAGUUUUGAAUUCUGUUUAAUAGAAUAUGGAUCACAGACAGAUGCGUUUUCUCAAAACUUCAGUGUUACCACAUCUCCAAAUUUUAAAACAAAUUUUUAUUACAUAAUAGGGAUAAAGUAGCCAUUCUUUGCCAUUGCUGUUAUUUAAUUAAGAUUAAUUGCAAUAAUAAAAGUUUUUCAAGUUUUUUCUAGUAUUAUUUCAUUCAGUAUGUGAAAGUAGUUUUGAUAUGAGAUUACCUAAAUGAAAUUUAUUUUAGCUGUAUAUCAUUCUAGGUAUUAUAGCCCACUAGUAUAAUUCCUGAUGUUGUUACCUGUAUUUAGGAAAUUAAAGAAUUGGCCAGAGCAUUCUAGGAAAUGAGAACUAGCUUGAGUGUUCUAGGAAAACAAGUGUAUUUUAUCUCAUUCACAAACCUCCAGUGAUCGUAGAAGGGAAAGGAAAACAGAACAGUUCAAAUAAGACUGUGUUCCUGCUGUCAUUUACUACUUAACGCCAUAUUUCGUUUGCUCCACACUAUAGUCAAGUGAGAGGUGAAUUAUAUUAUUUCACGUUUAUAGAAUUUCCUUAGCCUUAAAAGUACAGCCAUGUUCAACCUCUUUACAGCCUGCUGGUGCUAUAGUAUGAAAAAACUACAUUUGUCAUAUGUAAAUAAACUGUUAGUGGCACCAGCAGAAGGAGCAUCCAUGCAGAUGAAGUUUGCCCACCAUAGUUACUCUCCCCUUUAUGGAGUUUAGUAUUCAGUUGGUGAGUAGCUGUCAUUUGUCUUGAUUAAUUCUUUUCAGUGAACAUUAAAGGAGUAGAUUGUUCAAAAUGCUAUUGAAAGGAAGAUACAAUUUCUGGCAGGGAUGAUCAGAUGGAAUAGUGUAUGUUUUGGAGGAAUAAUGGGCACAUGGGCAGAGAGGCAGGGAUUAUCAUUCUGGGAAAAGGGAACAGUAUAAAUAGGAAUCAGAAGGAGGGAAGCUUGUUUGGAGACCUGGAGGUCCAGAAUGCCUGAGAUGUAGUUAAAUAAAAUUUGACCAUCAGUUUUCCACAAAGGUUCAAAGUUGACUGCCUCAUGUACCUCAGAACAGUCUCUCAGUGCUUAGUAAGAGAGUAAAGCUUGAGUAGUUUAAUGCUGUUAACAGGAAAUAUCAGGUCAUGACUUACAUAUAAUUUUAUGUAAAGCCUUAUAAAUGAGAACUUCUUUGCAGUGCACUUGGAAAGGAAUGAAAACAUGACCAGAAAUCACUUUUCACCUUGAUAUGAUGUUGGAAAAUUUAUUUUAAAUACUUGAAAGGCUUAUUUUGGUUUCCAUGCUGAAUUCAAUUACUUGUAGAUACAGAUUCCAAAGAAUGUAAACAUUACCACGUUCCUCUGGAAUUCUCAUGGAGCAACUCCCAGAAAGUGUCUGUUGUAGAUAGAAUCUUUAAUCUGUAAUAUCUAUGAUACAGGGUGUGUAAAAUCAUAGAUUAUUUUUAAAAAUACAUUUCAUACUUUAAAUGAUUGCUUAUGUUUUAUAUUAUCUGUGUAUGUGUGUAUAUCCACCCACCUUUCAAUACUCAAAAGUGGUCAAAGCUACACUAAAGGCAUUUACUUUUUCUGUUUACUCCUAGAUGAAUACAUUUAAACUUCCCCUGUCACCUCUACCCAUAAGCAAACUUUGUAAACUUUCAGAACGCAAUGCUGCUACCUGUUUUAAAGAGAGUAUCAGACACAACUUGACGUUGUAAAUAAUGUACUGUUGUGAACAUGUGAUGUGGUAAAAUAAAGGUUGAACAUCAUGGUAGUGCUCAUAAAGUUUUCAACUUUGGAGUAUUUCAGAUUUUGGACUUUUGAUUAGGGGUGUUUAUAUUCCAAAAUCUGAGAAACUCUGAAAUGUAAAACACUUUUGGUCCCAAGCAUUUCCAAUAAGGGAUAUUCAACCUACACUUUGGAAUUGGUUAAGUCUAAGUUAAGGAAAAAUGAAAUUCUAGAUUAUUUUUGUGUGGUUUAUUUUGGAGUUGCACCAUUGAAAAUUACCAUAAUGGAUGCCAUCAAAUGAAUUGGAACAAAUUAACAAUAA